AUGUGGGAAUCUGCAAAUGCUGUGGGUUAUGGGAAUCAAAACCAACCAAGGGGUGAUCCUUUCUCCAAUACAUACAAUCCGGGAUGGCGUGACCACCCCAAUUUCAGAUGGAGAGAUGCACCACAAUAUGGCCAACAAAGUGGAUUCCGACAACCCCCAGGUUUCUUUCCGAGGCCAAUGGCACCACAACCACCUCCUCAAGCACAAUCAUCCCAACCCAACAUAGGUACGUCUAUGAAUGACGAUAAAACAUAUCAGUUACUAACCACACUGGCGCAGGGAAUGCAGAACCAAGCAAAGGAGGUUAAUGAGCUAAAGAAGAAAAUGGGCCAAAUGGCCGAGUUUUUGGGACAAUUCCGUGAAAAUGAUUUUUAUGUCUUAGAAAUGGAGGAUUCGAGCCAUGCUCCAUCAUUGCCAAUCUUGCUAGGCCGACCAUUCAUGAAAACAGCGAGAACAAAGAUAGACGUGUUCAUGGGAACAUUGACCAUGGAGUUUGAUGGGGACAUUAUUCGUUUUAAUCUUUCUGAAACCAUUAAAUAUCCAAUUGAGGACCAUUCUUGUUUUGCUAUUGACAUUGUUGAUUCUUUGGCACAGGUACAUUUGGAUCGAAUGAACGACGAUGCACUUGAAAUAGCCUUAGUACACGACAUAGGAGCAAGAAAUGAAGGUGGGGGAAUCCUUCCAACCCACGGCAUGGAAUCUGAUCAUAUUGCCGUGCCCCCUUAUGGUGAAGUAUUUGAAAUGGUCGGUGCCCUCGCGUCGUUACCCUCACAAUCUGGUAAGUCUCCACUCUCAAUUUUAGAUUCGGUUUUGGCUAACAAGUUACUUCCAUCAAUUGUGCAACCACCUACACUGGAGUUGAAGCCAUUACCUUGUCACUUGAAGUAUGUUUUCUUGGGAGAAGAUCAGACAUUACCCGUCAUCAUAUCUAGCUCACUCACGGCCCAAGAAGAAGACAAGUUGAUAAGGGUGUUAAAAGACCACAAAUCUGCCAUUAGAUGGACCUUGGCGGAUAUCAAAGGCAUUAGUCCCACCACGUGCAUGCAUCGCAUCCUUUUGGAGAAGGGAGCUAAGCCAUCUCGGGAGGCUCAACAUCGCCUUAAUCCACCCAUGUUGGAAGUAGUAAAGAAAGAGGUUAUAAAAUUGCUUGAUUGUGGUGUUAUAUACCCUAUUUCUGAUAGUCGUUGGGUGUCUCCCGUGCAGGUUGUCCCAAAGAAGUCCGGAGUUAUGGUGGUGAAGAAUGAAGAACAAGAGCUUGUACCCACUCGUGUGGUGACCGGUUGGCGUGUUUGUAUUGAUUAUAGGAUGUUAAAUGCCAUGACAAGGAAGGAUCACUUUCCGUUGCCAUUCCUGGACCAAAUGUUAGAAAGGCGCAUGCCAUUUGGUUUGUGCAAUGCCCCUCCGACAUUUCAACGAUGCAUGGUGAGUAUCUUUUAUGAUUAUGUGGAGAAAAUUAUUGAGAUAUUCAUGGAUGAUUUUAGCGUGUUUGCUCUCAAGUAUUUGCUCACGAAAAAGAAGGCCAAGCCUAGACUAAUUCGAUGGAUGUUGCUUCUACAAGAGUUUGACAUUGGGAUUCGGGAUAAGAAGGGCAUGGAGAAUGUGAUGGCUGACCACCUAAGUCGAAUGGUGCAUGAGGAAGCAUCGCCAAUUUCUGAAACCUUCCCCGAUGAACAAUUAAUGUCUAUUCAGAUUGUAUGCCGUUGUGUGAAUGAAUCUGAGUUUCAAUCUAUUUUAACAUUCUGUCAUUCAUAUGCAUGUGGGGGACAUUUUGGCACCCAACGCACUGCCCUUAAAGUCUUAGAAUGUGGGUUUUAUUGGCCAACCAUUUUUAGGGAUGCUAGGACAUUUUGCCUUACAUGUGAUCGUUGUAAACGAAUGGGUAAUAUAAGUGCUAAGGAUCAAAUGCCACAAAACCCUAUACUUUCUGUUGAAAUAUUUGAUGUGUGGGGAAUUGAUUUUAUGGGCCCUUUUCCGUCAUCACAUGGUUUUCUCUAUAUCUUGUUGGCGGUGGAUUAUGUUUCCAAAUGGGUGGAAGCAAAAGCCACCCAGACUAACGAUUCCAAAGUGGUUGCAGAAUUUGUGAAGUCUAACAUUUUUGCUAGGUUUGGAAUGCCUCGAGUUCUUAUAAGUGAUGGAGGUUCACAUUUUUGUAAUCGCACAAUCGAGGCACUGCUUAAGAAGUACAACGUUACACAUAGGGUUUCGACACCCUAUCAUCCUCAAACAAGCGGGCAAGCCGAGGUGUCGAAUCGGGAGAUAAAACAGAUUCUGGAGAAGACAGUUAGGCCAACAAGAAAAGAUUGGAGCUUGAGGUUAGAAGAUGCAUUGUGGGCUUAUAGGACCGCCUAUAAAACACCCAUAGGAAUGUCCCCCUUUCGGCUUGUGUAUGGAAAACCAUGUCACUUACCUGUGGAGUUGGAGCACAAGGCCCAUUGGGCCGUGAGGAAGUUCAACAUGGAUGUAGAUGAGGCGGGAAUUCAUUGUAAGCUUCAAUUGAAUGAACUUGAGGAAAUACGGAAUGAAGCUUACGAGAAUGCUCGACUUUACAAGGAAAAGACGAAGGCCUUUCAUGACAAGAUGAUUUGCACCAAGUCCUUCUCUGUUGGACAAAAAGUGUUGUUGUUUAAUUCUCAUCUUUGUCUAUUUCCGGGUAAGCUACGUUCACGUUGGAUUGGACCCUUUGUUAUCACUAAUAUUUUUCCUCAUGGUGCAGUCCAAGUUCGUAGUUUCAAAACAGGUCAAGAGUUCAAGGUGAAUGGGCAUCGCGUGAAGCCUUACUACGAGAGCUUUGUAGAACAUGAUGUGGAGGAGACAACCCACUAUGCCGUGGGUUCCCAUGAAGGUUGA